UCUGUCGUGGGAACCAAACGGCAUUCCUACCGUCUCUCUCGCUCUGUCCUCUCGCUCUCGCCAUGGAGACGGCGGGAGGAUCGAAAUGGAGCUUGAUACGUCCCUUCUUGGUGAUCCUCCUCAUCCACUCACUCGCCAUCUACCUAUUCACCCGAGGCUUCCUCCUCACCCGCACCGAGCUUGCCUCCUUCAGCCACUGCUCCGAUCUCACCCACUCCCCUUGCUCCUCGAUCUCCUCCUCUCAUCGCCGCAGCAACUUCACUCCCCCGCCCGACGAAUCACCUGAUGAACUCCAUCGAGAUCGCCGUUGCUGGACGAAGCCGGCUGUCGAUCGCCUUGUUAUCAUCGUGCUCGACGCCCUCAGAUUCGAUUUUGUUGCGCCCAGUACGUUCUUUAAAGAUAAAAAGCCAUGGAUGGACAAAUUACGGGUGUUACAGAAGCUGGCCUCGGCGGAAGGAUCAUCUGCUAGGAUCUUUAAGGCCAUCGCAGACCCACCAACUACAAGCUUGCAACGAUUGAAGGGACUAACUACUGGAGGACUCCCAACAUUCAUUGAUGUUGGGAACAGUUUUGGAGCUCCAGCGAUUGUGGAAGAUAAUCUGAUACAUCAGUUGGUGAGAAAUGGAAAGAGAGUGCUGAUGAUGGGUGAUGAUACCUGGUUGCAGCUGUUUCCUGAUCACUUUAAUACAUCAUAUCCUUACCCUUCCUUUAAUGUUAAAGAUCUUGAUACGGUAGAUAAUGGUGUGAUCGAACACUUGCUUCCAUCAUUGUACAAAGAAGACUGGGAUGUUCUUAUUGCACAUUUCCUUGGUGUGGAUCAUGCGGGGCAUAUAUUUGGUGUUGAUUCUGCACAGAUGAUACAGAAGUUGGAACAAUAUAACAGUAUUCUUGAGGAAGUUGUUGACGUGCUGAAGAGCGAAUCUGGAGCAGGUGGCCUUCAUGAGAACACUUUUCUCAUUGUAAUGGGUGAUCAUGGCCAAACCACAAACGGUGAUCAUGGUGGUGGCACAGCAGAAGAGGUUGAAACAUCACUCUUUGCUAUGAGUUUACAGAGUCCUCCAGCUUCUGUUUCAUCUGUUCUUGAUUCAAGUUUUUGCCAUCCUGAUUUGGAUGGUAGAAAGCUAUGCGUUGGCAUCUUCGAACAGCUUGACUUUGCAGUAACUAUUUCAGCACUCCUUGGUAUUCCAUUUCCUUUUGGCAGCAUUGGGCGUGUUGAUCCUGAAAUAUAUGCAUUGAGUGCUCAUACAUGGGAAGGUCGAGGAACAGGUACAAACGAUUGUCAACCAUCAUCAGAUUUGGCAUCAUGGAAGCAAAACUAUGCUAAUGCUCUCUGCAUAAACUCAUGGCAGGUGAAGAGAUAUAUUGAUCUUUAUUCUGCCACGUCAGUUAUUGGGUUGCCUAUUGAGGAUCUAAACCAUGUAUCAGAGUUGUACAGUCAAGCUCAGACUAACUGGUCAGAUACUGUGAGCAGCGGUUACUUACCUAUGGGUACCCCUCACAGGAUUCAGGAUAGCGAAGAGUCACCUUUUCAACAGAAAAUUGAUGCAUAUUCUGACUUCUUAGAGAGUGUUGCCAAGCUUGCUCGAUCAGCUUGGACAGAGUUUGAUGGAACUUUGAUGGGUGUUGGACUCAGUUGUAUGCUUGUUUCUCUUGCCAUUCACCUAUUGGCGAUCAGAAGGCUAAAUAUUCUCUGUAAGCCUUAUCAAAAUGCCCUGAACAUUCUUGGUAAUUAUUUCAGUCUGGUUUCUCCUCUUCUCUUGGUGGCAAUACGGGCAGCCAGUUUUCUGUCAAAUAGUUACAUAUUGGCAGAAGGAAGCGUUGCAAAUUUUCUUUUAGCUACUGCUGGUAUUAUCAGAUUACAGCGUUCGAUCAGGGAAUGGAAGCUUCCGACAGAUGAACUUUUCUUUCUUCUUUUAAGUACCAUUAUUAGAUUUGGAAUAGAAAUUGGGAUGUCAAAGGAAAGCUCUGCUUCGACAUUUUUGUUUACCUUUUCUAAAAAUAUUUUUGGUAUCAAUGAAGGAGAUCCUCUUUUGACAGUUUUGACAGACAUAUUUCCAAUAAUUUUGCUAUUCGUUUUGGCAAUCAUGUUUUACAAGUUCAUUUCUGGCAUAUGUUGUUGGCCACACUUUAGAUAUAUUCUCUAUUUUGGAACCGUAUGUAGCUAUCUGCUCAUAGCAUUACAUUGGGCCUCCGAGAGCAAUUUGAUGCCUAUUUCUUUGUUUGUUCAAUAUACUGGAAGGAACUUUGCACCUCAAGUGGUUUAUGCUAUUGGCUUUGGACUUUUGGUAUUGUCAGUGCUUUCUCGGUUUCUGGACAGUAGUAGGGUAAAGCCAACAGCAAGGAUGACAGUUUUAUCUCUGGCCUUAGUUUCUUCAUGGAGCCCAACUAUCUUGAUUCUACUGGGAAGACAAGGUCCCUUUGCUGUUUUGAUUUUCAUAAGUGGAGCCUGGUUUAUAGUAAAGUCAUGGAGGGAAGGAUGGAUAGAAUCCACAAGAAGAGAUUUGGGAGCCUUCAUCAUUGAUCCUAUACCUGUGAUUCAAUGGAGCUUUCUAGCUGUUUGUUUAUUCUUUUACACUGGUCACUGGUGUACCUUUGAUGGUCUGCGUUAUGGUGCAGCAUUUGUUGGGUUUGAUCAUUUCAAUAUCAUCCGUCAAGGUCUUCUACUUGCAAUAGAUACUUUUGGUGUGUCUCACAUUCUUCCUAUUCUUAGUAUUCCAUUUAUUAUCACAAUCCAGUUGCAGAAUAGUAAGGAAAACUCUGCUGAGGGUAAUACUUUUCUCUACCUGACACAGGUCUUCUUGAUUUAUGGGCUUAUAACAGCUACAACAACUACAUUGACAAUCAUAUGCGUCACAAUUCAAAGAAGACAUCUAAUGGUUUGGGGAUUAUUUGCACCAAAAUAUGUUUUUGAUGCCAUAGGCCUUCUUGUGACAGAUGCAUUAAUUUUUAUGGCUUCUCUGUACUAUUACUGACAUGGCAGUGAUGUGUUCUGUAAUGGCAUGGAGACUCAGGCUCAGCAUUUUCCUCCAAAAUUUUUUCUUGGAGAACUAGAUUGAUUACUAAUUUAACCAAUUUUAUUCAGUAGAUAAUUAGAUGAAUUUUGUCAUGGUCCGGUCUUCAUUGGCUGCUCUGAGGCAUAUUGCCUAAUGGUUUCUUAUACAAAGGACAUAAAUCAAUGGAUUAUUGUUUGAUAAAAGGGAAAAAAGUGGCAUGCAUCUUGGAAAUCUCAUAUUUCUUCAGAUCUUUCCUUGGAGCUUGUCAAAUUGUUUAGGUCGUGUUUUGCAUAUUAUGAUAAAUGGCUAUUGCUGAUUUAGUUGAUUUCUUCUUUUACCAAGGGAUGUCAAUGCGGCUAACUUCAGUUGUCGAACAUUGAAGACAAUUUUGGGGCCCAUUUAGUCACUAGAGCAACCUGGCAGGAUAAUGAGAUCCAGGAUAUAGCUAUUUUAUUCCUGAUAAUUUUAUACACUAUGUUUGUGAGAACUGAAUUAUCAUUUUGAAAGAAGAGCAGAUUAGUGUGUGUGACCA